GAUGUAAAUAACGAUGUUAUUUUACUCAAAUAACAUAUACAAAUAGAUCGUCCGAUCUGGUUUUGUACCCACACCAUAGUAUGGGUAUUGAAUUCCCACAUGCCUCCACCCAUUACCAUCACUAAUAGACCUGGCAAAUUACGACCCGACCCCUUGACCCGACCCGAAACCGCUCGAAAACUAGAAAUUUUUAUAACCCGAAAUCCGAAUGACCCGAACCCGAUAACCCGUGAUUUUUUGGGUCGGAUUGGGUGGGUUAGCGGGUCGACCCGUUAGACCCAUUCCAUUUAAUAGAUUACUCCCAAAAUAUGAUAAAAUCACUCAUAAAUUGGUGAGAUGUUUAAAAAAAAUCACAAGGAUUUGAAUGACAUGUUUGGAGUUUAAGGAUAAUCAAAUAUCAUGUGUUUCUUGUAGUAGUAUUAAUCUUGUGAUUGUUUUUUGACGAUUUGUGCAAUUUAUAUUUCAUUUCAUUAGCGUGGGAGGAUUUGAGAAUUUGUUAAUUGACAUGUGUUAGGUAAACUAUUGUCAUGCAUAUGUGAAAAUUUGUGUUCUUUAAGAAAAUAUGAAGCAUGUUUGAUAUUGUGUUUCUGAGAACGCUCAUAACUCGAAAUGACCUGUAAACCGACCCGAAAUCGAAUGGGUUGGGUCAAUAUUUGACCCAAAAUAAGCCAACCAAACAUGACCCGACCCGUAACCGAAGUUCUCAACCCGACCCGAUUGGCAGGUCUAAAUUCACUAAUUAAUAAGUAAUUUUUCUUUUUUGGUAAGUUAAGUAACUAUAUUCUUUUAGUAUUAGAUCAUUGGCAUUGAUAAAUUUAAUGAUGUGGCGGGCCUUUGUUUAACAACUCUACAUUAUUAUAAUUAUUAUAAAAAACAAUUUAAUUUUUUCAGGGGACUUGGGAGAGAUUUCUUCCGCACCAAAAUAAAUAAACACGACAAAGAACAUGAAAAGGUCAGCAUGUUUGAAUCUUUGACUAUAGGAUGGAUUGGAAUUGGAUGCAAACUUAGCAUACAUGAUAGAUGGACAUUAUUCAGAGGACCCUUCAAGCUUGUUGAAUGGGAGAUCUGCCAGCAUACGAAGCGAGACGCAAAACGCAGCAGCGCGUGUUAGAAUAGAAUAGAAUCCUCCAUUAAUAUAUAGUACACUUUCGUGUACUUUUCUCCGAUUCAAAAUCUCUCUACUCCCCUUGAUUUGCGAUAAGGGUAUUAUGGUGAUUCCUCCCUUUUUUUUUCUGCGACGCGAGAUCUGUGUGGACAGAUUUUUCGGAUCCCCUUCGUUUUCCCUUCUCCCCUUUGUCGAUACCUACUCAUCGUCCCCUUCUCUGUUCGAAUCGAAGAAUCUUAUUAUUUCCCUUACUGAUAUGAUAUCUUCAUCACUCUUACAAACAUGAUUUUUACCCUAUGAUUUAUCUGCCAUUCAUGCUUUACGCUUUUUGGUUUUCCUUCCUGGCGAACUAGACCGGAAGAUCAGUUUCGUCCUCCAUGUUCACCUUCUUAAUUCCCUUCUAUUCCUUCUACCAACCCUACCAAUCUAAUAUAUCCACCGCCGUUUCUAGACCAGACUUUGGGGAUUCACAAGUCUCCAAGGCAAGAGGCUUGAUUGUAGUAGUUUCUACACUGGGGGAUGGUUAUCUCGAGGGAGGAAGCUUGGUCCAAGCGGCGACUCUCAUCCUAAAGAUCAUAUCUGCCAAGUUUAUAAGCUUUGAAUGGAUUGACACUUUUCUGUGGAGUUCGUCGGAUGAUAACUUGGUAGCUUCUGGGAUUUUUGGAUGCUCUGAGAUAGUUUGAAGAAAAGGUCAUGAUAUUAUUAGUCCUCUUUAGAUUCAAAGUUGAAGGAUUUUACCACUGAUGCUGCUAAUAAGGUAAGGCCAUUUUAUCCAGAUCAUAUUAGAUCUAUGACUGCUCUAAUGACUACAUAUGAAAUUCGGUUUGAACAUAUAUCUGCCACUUUACAACUUACAACCUUAGGAUUUAGAAUUACAAUGACACAGGUGUUAAUGAAUCCAAUCUAAACAGGUUCGCGCUACAGAUAGGGAUGACACUAGAGAUUUUUCAAUACAAUGUCCUCAUAACAGAACAAUAUAGCCUCUGUCCAUUUCAAAGUUACGUUGUCAAAGUAUUAAAUGAUUCAUUCUACGAUGUUUACACCAAAUUCCCCGGCAAAGUACAAGUUGAAGCGGAUAAAUUUUACCAAGACAAAUGUCAAGCAACAAACUGACAAAAGUAUGAAAAUGUUCCUUACUAACUUAACUAUCCCUUUUUAUGUUUAGUUUAUCUCAUCCGAUGACCAAUAACUCUAUCUACAAUCUGAAUCAACUUCAAUCUAAAUUUGAUAUAAAUUGGAGCAGGUUUUUAGUUCAACUUUUUUCUAUGAUCCAACAGGUGAAGCUGUGUUUGUACUCUUGGAUCAUGAAAGCAAGAACACAGGCUCUACAUUCUAUAAGGAAAACGAGCCAAGUGAUAUGCCUUGUCACCUUCUGAAAUUGGAAGUUUUGAUAUUGACUUCCACAUAAAGGUGAAGGAGUUCAAUAUGAACAAAUUAAAUCAUCACCUGAAAUGAAUUCACUCUCUAGAAGAUGAAUGAGGCUAAGGAAUCUAACAAUUCAGAUUUGUUCGUUAAUUAAGAAGAUGUCAUGUGCUCUGCUUCUUAUUAUCAAUUUAAGUUGUCGUGUACAAAAAAGAGGAACCGAACUGGAUAACAUGGCCUCUAUACUCAUGUUACUUGAAUAAUGAAACUAUGUAUACCCCCUGCUACUUAACUACAAAGAAAAUCAACAUAACAAACCCUUACCAACCACUUCACUAGAAAGUAGGCCAUGUUUUGUUGUGUGUUGUCGAGUUUUGGUGACAAUAUACUCCUCCCCCCUGCAUUUUCAGGAAGCUACGUUGUGUUUAGUUUUUACACAAAGGGAACUGCUCUCAAUCUAAUUAAUAGUAGCAUUACUAUGAAAGUUUGACUCAAGCAUAAUGCAAAUGUGAGUGCUACACCUUCAGUCAAGGCUCUAAAUAGCAUGGACUAGGAAACCAGAUCGUACUGGUCGGUUCAACCGGAAACCGGACCUGAAACUAUACGGUAGGCUGAUGACACUCAAAAUACCGUGUCGGACGGUUUUUUCGGUUUAACCGGUACAAAAGGAAAUACCGGUCGAUUUUGGUCUAACCGGCGGUAGAGUUAUUUUAAUGAAAACGUCGCCGUUUUUGGAACUUCAAAUUAUAAAAAAAAAAUCGGCUGAAGGCCAGAAACCCUAAUCAGUUCUCUAACGAAAAUCGACAGCCAGGCUAUUAAUCGUUUCUUCUUUCUUCCCCAGGCCCGCCCCGCCGCUCCUCCUCUUCACCUCUGGCGAUUGGCGACCGUGCAUGAUUUGCUGCUAUGGAACCGGCGACCCGCGACUGCCACUUCUCCGUUCCUCUUCUCUUCUUUUCUGGCGCCGUGCAUGAUUUGUUGUCAUGGGACUCUUCAAUUCACAUUACAAUCUUUAGACUCAUAUGUAAUAAUAAGCAUACUUUGGAGGUCAGUGAUGUUAAACAUAUUUCGUUGCUUUUGUCUUCCUAAUGAAUAUUAUGUAGUAUG